GAAAACCACGCUACCAAGCAGGACCCGGCCUUUGUCAGGCAGAGACGCAGAGAGGAGGGAGAGCGAGAACAGGCUGGGGAGGCAGGUCGGCUGCAUGGGAAAUGGGCGCGUCGAGCCAGCACGGCGAAGUGCAUGUCCCUGAUAGAAGUCAUCCUCAAUCCUUCUACUAGUACCAACAACGCGCCAUAGCAUUGCGGCCAUCUUCCAACAACUAUGGCAGAGGGACGCACACUCAUGACUCCUGGCCUGGACGAGCAGCUCGAUGAGACUGACUAUGUCGGCGCAGACCUCACAGGCCCAUCACCGCGCGAAAAGAUGGCAGCAAUCCUCGGCACAGUCGACAAUGUCUACAAACCACUGCAGCCGCGCGAGACCAUCGCCUACAUCGAGGGGUUCAAGGGUCUCAUUGCCUUUGAGGCCUUCCUUUGGGUUUUCAUGCGUACUAUCGUGCCUGGCGCAUCGUUUGAGAGUAUCGCAGCCAAUCCGUAUCCACCGCGCUACCAAUCUGUCCUGCGCGAGAUCUUCAGUCCUCUCUUCUGGGAUGGAAACCUGCAGGCCUCUUUCUUUAUCAUUCUCUCUGCACGGCUGGUCUGUGUGAGAUUUUUGCGCAACCCAGAUGCAACAGCCAUGGCUGGUUCGCUCUUCAGGCGCGGUCUGCGUCUCUUCUUCCCCUGCGCCGUGGCACUUGCCAUCUGUAUGGGUCUCAGCUACGGCAAUGGCUUUGCCCUCGUCGAAGCAACUGCGGGUGCACUCGAAAAUCGCAUUCCAGAGACACCUUACAAGAUUCCCCAUGCGCUUGCUUGGUUCAACUCGGUCUUUGAUCUCUUUUGGCACAUUACAGGCACACAAGCUGGUGUGCGCGCUUUUCCCACAGGUCAACUGUGGAUUGUAUCGGUCGUUUACCAAGAGUCCUUUACUGUCUACAUGGUCAUGCUCUGUCUGCCGUUCAUGACGAAGCGAUGGGCCUUUUGGUCUAUGGGCGUCUUCUCUCUGCUGGGCUACUGGGUCUCGAGCUGGGCAUGGUAUGGCGGUACUGGUCUGAUGAUUGCACAUGCCGUGCACAACAUGAACAUUGCCGACUCUGCCAAACAUGGUAUCUCUGUGCCUCGCUUGAAGCAAAAAGUAUCUGCAUACGUCGUUCCUGCGGUGUUCUUGUCGAUUGGUGUGAUUCUCAAGUACGUCUACCAAGUCGCUGAACCCAACAAGAUCAACGACGAGCUGGUCUUCCGAACACCCGUCUACGGUGGAGGUCUCAGUAGAGAUAUCUCCGUCAAUGAGCCCACCCAGCGCAUCUCCUCCUGGUUCGUGGUGGUUGGUUGUCUGAUGUUCCUCGAGAUGAACACACUCCUCCAAAAGAUCUUCAGCAACCCUCUCUUCAGGUAUCUCGGCCGUAUCUCAUUCAGUUGGUUCCUACUGCAAGGAUGCAUCAUUUACACCCUUGGCCUGCGUAUCAACUUUAACCUGCAAAUACAAAAGGAGUGGGCUGCGCCACUUGCUCAGUUUGUUGUCUUUUUGAUCACGCUGCCGUUGUCGGUUGUGUGCGCUGAUGUGUUUACUCGGCUUGUAGACAACCCUAGCAAAUGGUUGGCCGACUAUCUGUUUGAUUGGAUUAGAAAGUAGCUUUGUAGCUUCAAGCAAAUAAAUUCUUACCAUUGUACAUAAG